UCGCCAUCGACGUGGCUCCAACCUCAUCGACGGUGAUGACGAGGCCGACUCCCUCUCUCGGAUCAGAAUGGCUGCGGAACGUGGCACCGAGCACACCGCACGGUGUCGAAGAUCUCUCGCCGGCGCUAUGCACGAACAUGUCCCAGUUCAAAUCUUUGAUCAGACAGUACCGGUCUAUCGAUGAUGCCAUCAUGACCCGGCUCAACAGAGCUCAGGCGUUGUACAGACAAGAUCAUGAGACGACCUAUCGCGAUCGAGCGCAAGCAGACGAGUGCCAAUCCUUUUGGACUGAUCUCAUGGAGACCUGGAAAGGACGAGAGACUGCCAUCCGGUACUGCGUCGGCCAGCUCGAUGCGCGCGCAGAGGAGAAACGUCGGCUGCUCGGCAGUGAGAGCGAUGCACGUCUGGACGGCGACAAGACCGUCAGAGCCAGUCUCUACAGCGACGAAGUCAAGCGACAGCAAGUACACAACGAGCUGCAGAUCGAGAGCGUCGUCAGAAGGAGGACGCUGUCUGCAUUCUUCAGUCGGUGUCCAGGCUUCGAACGCCUUCGCAGCAUCGACACCGACCUCGAGCCUAUCCCGCUCAUGCACCGCGAGCCUAUAGGCUGAUCACAGUUUGCCCGACACGAGUGGCGCACAACCUUUCCAGGCACAGGCACGACGCAACCCACGGACAGCUCUGUCAAGUGUCCACCAGACGAACUCAAAUCAUGCUGCUUCAGCACAAGCGCUUCAGCUCGUCUGCCGCAUGCAGUACCGCGAAUAAGAGCCUGGCCAGCCCGUAUUCAUUUGCGCGACAUGUGCGAUCAAGGUACACUGGCGUAUGCUCUCAGGCGCAGAGCCGCGCAGACUGACCGCACGCUAUAGAUGCUCAUGUGCCCUGCGCAAGUUGUAUGGCUCUAUGCAUCGCGCCACCUGAGGCCUGAG